AUGGAGGAAACAGUGCUCCUAUGGAGUGUCGGGGGAUUUGCAGUCGGUUGUGUCUUUGGAGCGCUGGUGGUAAGAAGAUUACCUUUUGGCAAAAAAGCCUUAACUUCACAAACGAUAAACAAUGCAGAAUUGCUUCGACCGCUGAGUUUUUCAAGCGAAAACAUCUACAGUAAUAUGACGUUAAUGUUAGGUUCGCCAACUGCUAGUGGCCUUAUAGAGUCACAAGAAUAUCCAAUAUAUGCAGCAACAGCAAAUUACCCAAACUUAGAUGGAAACAGGUUAGUUAUGUCCCAGUUUAAGAUGAUCUGGGUGGAAAGGAUUCAACCUCAUCCCCAAAUCUUUUUAAUUGAUAUGUCAUUACAGCAAAAUCAUAAAACCAUUCUUUAUUUUGAGUGGUUCAGUAUAAAAUGUUUUGUGGAAAACGAACAAUCUGUACACUUCUUAACAGUGGCACUUCGCUUAGAAAGAUCUCACUUAGUUGAACCAUCACUUAUGGCGCGUUAUUUGACUGAAGAUGUUUAUGAAGAGCUCUAUCAACGAAAGACCACUUCUGGUACCAACCUAGAUUCGUGUAUUCAAACAGGAAUUGACAAUCCGGAAAAAGUUAGUUGUGGUAUUGUUGCCGGUGACGAAGAAUGUUAUGACGUAUUUGCUGAUAUAUUCGAUCCUGUUAUCACCGAUCGUCACCGUGGCUUUAGACGUGGUGUAAGACAGCAAGAAACUAAGUUGAUCGUUGAUGGCUUGAAAGCCGAACCAUUUGAUUCAAAGUAUGUGAAAUCCACCCAUUUCUUAGUUGGUAGAUGUCUACGCGGCUUUCGAUUUCCACCUUCGUGUUGUCGAGCGGAACGACAGCAUGCUGAAAAUUUACUUGCAAUUACUUUAAAGUCAUUUAAAAACGAGUUUGCUGGAACGUAUAUCGAGUUACCUGGGUUAAGCCGUGACCAGUUUCAACAGCUUCCUGAUAUUUUGCAGAACAUAGCAAUCCGUCCUACAAGUUCCACGCUUCAAGCAUGUGGUUCCACACGUGAUUGGCCGCAUGGCAGAGGAGUGUUUUACAAUCAUGACGUAACACUUUUUGCGUGGACAAACCGUGAAGACCACUUGCGCAUUAUGUAUCGUGACCGGCAACUUGAUUUUAUCGAAUCGUUUAGACUAUUUUGCAAAGCAAUGCAUGAACUUGGAGAAAAUUUAACUGAUAAUGGUUUGGAAUUUGCGUUUCACAAUGACUACGGUUACCUCCUAACAUGUCCAAGUGGCAUUGGUACGGCACUUCGUGCUGGUGUUCACAUGAAGUUGCCACAACUUUUACGGGACCAAAGAUUUCGAACUAUAUUGAAAAACCUGCGACUACAUAUGGGAGCAGAAGAUCAAGAAAUGUAUAAAAAAGGAUACGUAGAUGUUUACAACAUGGAUAGACUUGGUAAAAACGAAGCCGAGCUGGUUCAGCAUGUGGCCGACUCAGUACACACGCUUAUUGAAAUGGAAAAGCGUUUGGAGAAGAAAAUAUCUAUAAGUGAGUUGAUAACAGCGCAGGAUAUGGAUUAAAGAAAUAUUUUUAAUUAUAAAAACAAACUUGUUUUAAUGUCAC